UGCCUUGAGGGGAAAAUGGGAGGUAACAAAUCAAUAAUCUUUUCUCAUUGUGUGUUACUCAGAUAUCAGCAGAUCUUACACAGAAACCUCAUCUAUCUGGCCACGAUAGCAGACUCCAGCCAGAAUGUGCCCAGUGCCCAACCUGUGGCACUCAGUCAGCCAAUGGCAAUGGGGCCAGGGGGAAUGGAGCCUGUCGGGAGAACUGCAGACUCUAUGGGGAGUGGAACCCCUCCUCCCGGGACAGGAAACACUAAUCAAAUAGCAGGUGUCGGAGCAUCGUUUCCCCAGGGACAGCCUCAUUGCCAGCCUGUUACAUCAAACCCCUCAAUAGGCUUACCUGUCAGCAGUCACAGCAACGUGGGCAAUUUCAACCAAUCGAUGGCUCUGCCACAGAAUUUGCCAGCCCAGGAGCAGAUGGGAAUGAGUCUUGGACAGCCCCUGGGCACUCACUUGCAGCCUGUGGUCCAGCAGAACCCAGCUCCUGCACAGCCACAGGCAUCUCAGGGGGAAUAUUUCAACAACCAGUUUAACCAGACGCAGGCUCCAGCAGAGGGAAUGAACCUACAACUUUAUUCAGAAGGUACCUGGUAUGGACCACAGCAAGGGCAGUUCCCACAGAACUCCACUUCCCACCAGCAGAACUUCUACCAGCAAUAUCCCACACAGCAGCCGCUGACCAGCACGCCUCAGGAAUUUAAUUCUGCACAAAAUUCUCAAGGACAGUUCAGAAACUUCCAGCAGGAUCCAGGGCAACAGUACGUUGCCUAUAGACCUCAGCAACCUGCUCCCAACCCAGCGCAGCAACAGGCAUUCCAGUAUAAUCAGGCAGCUCAGUACGGGGGCUUUCAGUAACAGUCCAAGAUGUGAACAUUGAAACUGCCAAUGGACUGCUUCAUAUUGUGGACACUUGUAUUCUGCACACACAAGUUUAACUUCUUUCUUGUUUUUGCAAACAGAAUUCAUAUUGUGAUUUUACUGAAUUGUUUUGAAAAUAUUUCUACAUGCUAUCACCUGUGAUCCACAAGGAAGGUACAGUAAACCCAGGCCAAACAAUUAACACUAA